AGCAGUAGCGUUACAGGCCAUAUCAAGCGAGAAAACAAGGGAUAUGUCGCGGCACCGGCAGCAGAUGCCUCAGACGUCCAUUGUCGUGGGCGGCGCGGACCAGUUCGGGGCACUCGUCGUCUCAAACGCCAAGCAGUUUGUGAAGAGGCACCCUGUCAUCAGCGCUUCGUGGGUUGUGGGUCUGCUGGUGUCGACCCUCGCUUGUGGCUACACCCCGUCUACAACGGCCGUGCAGAACUACGAGAACAAGAUGAUUGGCCUGGACGAUGAAUCAGUGAUGCGAGCACACGGGGAGAUGGUGUACUGGGACGAUAUCUACAGGAGGUCGAAGGGGAUGUUCUGGACGUGUAACGAGCAAUGCACUGCCAACAGAAAGGAGUUCGAGCGGCGUCAGAAGACUUACCUCGACCUCAACAAGGCCUACCUGAAGGGGGAGGCUGAUGCGAAGUCCGAGCUCGGGAUUUUCUCCGAGGAUGGCGUCGAAGAAACCCGAGAUCUUUUCUGGCGGAAGGUGUCCGGGGGGAAGCAGUUCGCCAAGCGAGCGACGAUGUGGGAUGCCAUGUUCGUGGGCAUCGGCACCAUGACCAGAAGGGACGAAGGGCUAGCUUCAAUUGUUGCAAGGAUUGCUUUCCGGUUCGUGGUGAACCUUACGAUGGGACUCUUCAUGGCGGUUUUCCAGUUCCUCUUCUCCAUGUGGACCGUGAUCUGGUCCUACCAGCCGGACCCGCUCUCUGCCCUAGCCUUCGCGGCCAUGGCGGCCCUCGGAGCGGUGUCUAUGCUUGCGACAUGGCUGCUCGGAUUGGCGGCAGUGGGGGUCACGGGGGUGUACACCGUGGUGAAGCUCGCGGAGACCGCACAGAUCGAGGCUGCCCGGCAACAGGGACAAGACCCGCGACGUGGGCACGUGACGGCGGAGGGGUUCUGA